AGCGAAAUCAUCGAACCACUCGCUACUCCAUGACGCCACUUCCCUGGUGAAGGAGGCGUUGUCCCACACUGAAGCGUCACUCUUCUGCAGAAACCGGCUAUUCAGUGAGGGUACCCUGUACAUUACGACGAGCUCUCGGACAGUCAGUGGUGACAUAGUAAGCCUAAUUGUUUUAGUGUAGGAUAAGUGUCGUGUUUAGUGAAAUUGUUUUAGAUAGGCCUGGAGCUGAACCGUAUAUAAAAUGAUAAAGAACGGAUACCAUCAGACUAACAUUCCUGGGAAGGACGCAGGAGCAAACCCAGGCGUCACAGCCUGCAGCCCAGAAAAGCGACGGCGUAUUAUCCGGGUGUGGUGUGAUGGCUGUUAUGAUAUGGUGCAUUACGGCCACUCCAACCAGCUCAGACAGGCCAAGGCCAUGGGGGACUACCUCAUAGUAGGAGUGCACACCGACGAUGAGAUCUCAAAGCACAAAGGCCCCCCAGUGUUCACGCAGGAGGAACGGUAUAAGAUGGUGAGAGCCAUCAAGUGGGUGGAUGAGCUGGUGGAGGGGGCUCCGUAUGUCACCACCCUCCAGACGCUCGACAAGUACAACUGUGAUUUCUGUGUGCAUGGAGAUGACAUCACGCUCACAGUAGAUGGCAAGGAUACAUAUGAAGAGGUGAAGAAGUCUGGAAGAUACAGAGAGUGUAAGCGGACACAGGGGGUCUCCACUACAGACUUGGUGGGUCGCAUGCUACUCAUGACCAAGGCCCAUCACAGCAACAUUGGCAGCUCAGACUACCAGCAGCAUACAGACAACUUUGGGAAGGGUCCGAGGGGGCACAGUCCCUGGACGGGGGUGUCCCAAUUCCUCCAGACCUCGCAGAAGAUCAUCCAGUUCGCCUCGGGGCAGGAGGCACAGCCUGGAGACACCAUUAUUUACGUGGCUGGAGCUUUUGACCUGUUUCACAUUGGUCAUGUGGACUUUCUGGAGGCUGUGCACAAACUGUCUGAUAAGCCAUACGUCAUAGUGGGGUUGCACUUUGAUCAGGAAGUGAAUCGCUACAAAGGGAAAAACUACCCUAUUAUGAAUGUCCAUGAGAGAACCCUCAGUGUGUUGGCCUGUCGAUAUGUGUCAGAGGUUGUAAUCGGAGCACCCUACACUGUCACAAAGGACCUACUGGAUCAUUUUAAGGUUGACCUGGUGUGUCAUGGAAAGACAGAUGUAUUCCCUGAUCGGGACGGUUCUGACCCUUACACAGUGCCUAAGAGGAAAGGCAUCUUCAGAACACUGGACAGUGGCAACAGACUCACUACAGAUGACAUUGUGCAGAGAAUAAUCAAGAACAGGUUGCUGUUUGAGGCGAGGAAUCAGAAGAAAGAGGCAAAGGAGAUGGCAAUGAUCCAGGCCAUGAAGAGGCGAGAGGAAGAGAAAGCAAAAGAGAGAUUGCAGGCUGUGGUAUAGGAUUUCUCUGCCCCUCCCUUUCCAAACAGAAGAUCAAAGACUGACCACUCCCCAUACUAACCACACACACACACACACACACACACACGCACACACUUUCACUCCUACUGCUCCAGAUAACACCACACACCCACACCCAUCCCCCCCCCCCACACACACACACACACACACGCAACACAGAUACACAAGAUGCUGUCUUCCUGCCUUGGGUGUUAUGCUGUUAGUAAGCUCACAAGUGUAUAGUCAGCUCCCACUAUACAGAAAUGUGUAACACACACAUGCUCGAAGGCUGUCCUCCACUCUUCUCACCCCACUCUCCCCUGCUCCAUCUCUCUUUCUUCCUGAUUAGUUUGUUCUUCUUGUGUUUCUCUAUCCCUUUAAUAGCAAAUGAGACUGAGCCCACACAUCCCUCAUUCCUAGUUCCUAAGUGCCAGUAUGAGCAAGAGGGCAUUAGGUGAGAUGUGCCAGUCCUGAAGCAGGCAUUGCUCUGGGCAAUACACAGAAGCUGGGCAGACUGUAAUAUAUUACAAGUCUUUGCAAGGCCGUACUACCUUCCCCAUGGGUGUGCAAGGAGAGUACACUGUCAAUGACAAGCACACCUCCAAACAGGAGAUCUCUUUUUAGUCACAUUGCACAUUUUCAUGUUAACUACAGUUUACUGCGGGUGUCUGUGAAGGUAGGAUUUGGAGUACAGCCUCGAAAGUCACGUCAGAAAAGGCCUCUGUGGCUGUGUGUGUGUGUGUGUGUGUGUGUGUGUGUGUGUGUGUGUGUGUGUGUGUGUGUGUGAUGAGCAGACAACUGAAUCUGUGGUUAUACUGUCAACUCAUGAAACUGGAAUGGCUCCAUGUAUAUAUGUACUAUAUGUAACUACUACGGAUGACUUACUGGAAAUGUUCUCGAAAUAUGCUGUGAGUGGAUACAUGAUCAGCACAAAACACACUGUAACUAAUGGCUCCUGUUGACCUACCGUCGAGUUUAGGAUGACUCCUACAUACUCCUUUAACCUACAGAACACAAGAGGAGCACUGAGAGAAAUGUCAAUCAGCAUCCAUCUUUUUUCUUUUCCAACUGUAUUUAAAUGAUACAUCUAGAUGUCCACUCUACGCGCUCAAAAGAGUCUUCUUGGUUCAUGAGAAACCAGUUUUCCUCAACUUUCCUCAACAGUGGACACACACAAAGGAGUGAAAAAAAUGUAUUCCUUUUUUAACAGUUUGCAUUGUUAUUAGGGAUAAAAAUAUAAGGGUGGGUGAUAAUUUGUGAGUGUUUGUUCACUGAAAAAAAGUGAAUAGGUCUAAGAGGUGGGAAGUUGGUCCUAAAUCUGUUAACAGACAAACCUUCAGGACUACUCUAGAACGACUCGUGCAGUUCCGUAUAUGGCCACACGACGUCACCACGUGUCUUACAAAUAAGCAUUGCACUUGCUCACAUAGAAAUCUACUAUCUAGGCGGCUAAAAUGGAAAUGUCAAAAACCUGAUGAAUGGGUAGUUUUGCUGCCAUCUUUUGAAAACGCAAUUAUACACAUUGUGUGUAAAACUGGCAUUAGAAGUUAUACUUAUGUGGCUAUCUCUGUGAUUAAAACCCCUCAAAGAUUAAUUCAAUUACAACUAAGCCCUACCCCUGUUCUGUAAUCUCAGCGAACAUUUAGGAUAGGAGCAAAACAGGGCUUUUGUAGGGAAAGCGUUCUACCGGGGCAGAACAAACAUUAACAUAAAUUACACAUAUUCAGCCUGCCAGUGGCGGAGGGGGGAUCGGUGGAUUUUAAACUUCAUUUUUGUAUCCACAGUCUUCUAAAAGGACUAAUCUUUAAAAUGAAUAUACCCCAAGGGAUCACGAUGUCAAGACUGCUUGACUGACCAUCAUCAAGGGACCACCUGUUCCUUUGGUAUUAUUGUUAGGCCCUACUCAUCUGUACCUGUCGAAUAAUAAAAAGUAACUCUCUGACACUUUAUUUCAAAAUAAUUUAGGAUGCAUAUUUACAGAGGUCACGAAUUUGCAAAUUUGCAAUUUGUGAUGGAUUAAAACUAAUUUAUUAACAGUAGAAUAACUCAGAGGACGAUUACACGGUGCUUCUCCCAGGACGGUACAAUGGAUGUAUCAAUCCCGCCUCUCUGAUGAGGCAGGCUAGUGUUUUCUUGUAUCUUAAUGUGUGUUAUCAACCAGUGUACUGUACAUGACAUUCUGACAGGCCAUGCCUUGUAAUUUGUUAAAGAAUAUUAUCCCUGUCAAUAAUAACAACUACAACAA